ACUGCUCUAAGCUUAUAUUUUCUCUAAGAAUUUAAGGUCGUAUACAGAAAUGGAGACUGAUCAUGCAUCAGUUCAAACUCCAAUAUUACCUGAAUCAACAGGUGGUUUAGAGCUUCUCUUACGCGCAAAAGACCGACUAAGAUCUGAUCUAGUAACUACAAGACCUUGGAAAGAAAUGAUAUCACAAGAAGGUUUCAACAUUCCAUCAACUUUCAACGAUUCGAUUUCACGAAUCAAGAUCAAUCUAGCUUACUUCCGUAUGAACUAUACCAUCCUAGUCUUACUAAGUCUUUUUUUAAGUUUACUCUGGCAUCCAGUUUCAUUGCUACUCUUUGUUUUGACGAUGUUUUUAUGGUUGUUCUUCUAUUUCUUGCGCGACGAACCAUUAGUUAUUCUUCACCGGAAUAUUGAUGAUCGUGUGGUUUUAGUUGUGCUGUCUGUUUUUACUAUCUUAGUUUUGUUGUUAACUCAUGUUACACUUAACAUUCUUAUUUCGGUUUCUCUUUGUGUUGUUCUUGUUUUGGUUCAUGCUGGUUUAAGGAAGAAUGAAGAUUUGUUUGUUCUUAACGACAACAACGAAGAAGAAGACUUAGAGCAACUUCCUUUGGCUCCAGCUUCUUCACUUUCGUCAUAAUCCAGUUCCGAAAUGUACGAGAUUCGAAUUCCAGUCAUUCAUAUAAACCUCGAAGGACUCUUUUUUUUUUUUUUGAUCGGUAAUGGAUUUGGUGCUGGCGAGAAACCUUCGAGGACUUUACCACUAUACACCGAUGCUAUGUAAAACCAAGUACAGUAAUGUUAAGGUUUUCAUAGUUUUCUUCUUAAUGGGAAAGCUUGAAUGUUAUCGGAGUUCUUGUUAACCGGAAUUAAAGCUUGUUGUUGUUGUAAUUCUUUAUUACUUUGCUUAAUAUAAUGGAAAGCUAAAUUUCUU